CUCAAUCCUUAAAUAUUUAUAAACAGCAGCAGUCUGCUUUUCUGUUUUUUUUUUUAAGUGUGUUGCCUAAAAUCAUGGAAAUGAAAAAAUAUAAUUAGACUUCAUCAAAAAACAAACCACAGAUACAGCGGGCAUAAAUUAAGAAAAGCGAAAAAAAAACCACGACGUAAAAAAAUAUCCAUAAAUCUAUAUAUACUACACCUCAUAUAUAGAUACCUAAACAACAAAGCAAAUCCAGGAAAACACACAGCAGAAGAAAGAGCAGAAAAAGGCGAGGAGAACCGAACCAUACAACAAAGACAGCAGAAAUGGCAACCAAACAGCCCAGAAAAGUGGCCCCCGAUGGCGGAUGGGGAUGGGUCGCUUGCUUUGGCGUUAGUUUGGUCAACCUGGCCACACGCUCCAUUGAACCGUCGUUCGGCCUGCUCUUUGGCGACACUCUCAAGGAUCUCAAUGUGGGCACGACGGGGGCAGCGGUGAUCAUCAGUGCGCUGGACGUGUGCAUGAACUUCUCUGGACUGUUUGUGGGCCCGCUGCUGAAAGAGUUCUCCUACCGCAAGGUGGCCAUCGCCGGAUCGCUGCUGUGCGGCCUUGGCCUGGCGCUCACAUCGCCGGCGACGAGCAUGGCCCACAUCCUAAGCACUUACUCCGUGAUCAACGGCAUCGGCGUGGGCCUCUCCACGUCGGCGGCCUUCGUGGCCCUCAACCACUACUUCAAGCACAAGCGCGGCCAGGCGGUGGGUCUGUCGAUGGCCGGGACGGCCAUGGGCAUGCUGAUAAUGCCGCAGCUGGUGCGGAUCCUGCUGGAGGCGUACGACUUCCAGGGGGCGGUGCUGCUGCUGGCGGGCGUGGCCCUCAAUGCCACGGUCGGAUCGGUGCUGCUGCAGCCGGUGAAGUGGCACAUGAAGGAGGAGUUCGACGACGAGGAGCUGAUGUGCAUCUCGGCCCUGCCCACCCCGCAGCCCCAGCUGACGGUGGGCGGAGUUGGGGGCGCGGCAUCAGCUGGAGCGCCCGAGUUCAAGGUGAUCAAGGAGGAUGGCAACGAGGAGGAUGCCUUGCCCGAGUUGAACACGCUGCUGUUCAACAAGCACCAUCCACACCAGCACUCGAUGCGAAAGAACUACUCCGAGAUGGCCAUGAACACGAUGAAUGGUUCCAGGCUGGGACUGCCCAAGAGGCCCACUUUCCCGCGGAUCAUGUCCCUGGCCGGUGUUCAGUCCGCCGCCCAUGGAGCGGGCGGAGAUUCGGGCGGCUACACAUCGCAGGCGGAGGUCAACGCCACGCAGCUGCGCUGCCGCAAGGCCUCGGUCACCUCGAACCUCUCCUACAUGGACUUCACCGGCUCCAUUCUCCAGGUGCACCUCAACACCGGCGACGAUGAGUUUGAGCAGAACGAUCGCGAACUGCGACGUGUCGGCACCGCCACGGGCAGCAUUGUCCUCGGCGGUCACCGGGACAGCUUCAUCAAGAUGAAGCCCACCGAGCUGGACAAGCAGGCCGAAGCAGCCGCCGCCCUCGACGAGGAGGCCAAGAAGAAGGCCAAGAAGCCGGGCUUCUGGCGCCGCUUCGCCGAUCUGCUGGACAUUGAUAUGCUCAAGGACAAGAUGUUCCUCAAUCUGCUCUUUGGCCUCUCCAUUUUCUAUGUGGCCGAGAUGAACUUCAAGAUGGUCACCCCGUUCUUCUUUGCCAAUCUCGGCUACAAAAAGGCGGACGUCGCCUUCUGCCUCUCGAUCACGGCCAUCACGGAUAUCGCCGCCAGGAUUGUGUUGCCUCCGAUUUUCGAUCGCACCACGAUCAAGAAGCGCACCAUUUUCCUUGUGUCCAUCAUCUUUGUGGCCCUGACCCGUUCAAUUAUGGCUGAGCAAACGGAGUGGACCCAGUUGAUGGUGUGGCUUUCGAUUUGCGGCUUUUUCCGUGGAUCCGCCCUGAGUAACUUUACGCUAACCGUAUCCGAAUACUGCUCACUGGAAAAACUGCCCUCGGCUUUUGGCUGGCAUUUGGUGGGCAAAGCCGUGUUCGUCAUUACUUUUGGACCACUUAUUGGUCUCAUUCGGGACGUAACCGAUAGCUACCCGAUUUGCAUACACACCCAGAGCGUUUGCAUCAUGAUUUGCGCCAUUGCCUGGGGCAUCGAGUACCUGGUGGAGUACAUCCAAGUGAGACGUCGCACCGCCGAUGCCGCCCAGUUGCCCACCCAGGAUGGAGGUGCCACGACGAUGACGACGACGACGGGACAGCACGAUGUGAAACUGUAAGGCGAUGGCGGCAACAUAGAUGGACCAGAUAGAUCUACUUUAAGGAAGACAGUCUCGCCGCGGGGCGGAGGAUUUCCUCCAGCGAGUACCCAACUUUAAAUAUACUUAAGAGGGUCCCUGCACAAUGCAAGGGGAAAACUGUAACUGGGGAACAGGGGUUUUUUCUGGCUCCCCACUUCGUUUAACACUCGAGUGUACGGCCCUAAUCCCCCAAAAUGUAUUAAAACUCAAUUUAGUUAAGUAAUUUUUUUCGUUUGCGCUCUUUUUUUUUGCAAUAUGUUAGGUGAGUCUUAAGAUCUUGGAGACAUAAUCACACACACUCCAUACCACACAUAUAACCAUUACGAUAUAUAAUAUAUAUUGAUAAGCAGGAUUUGUGAGUUUUAGUUGUAUGGAACACAUCUCUCAAAUGUAACCAACCCAACCCAAGGGGAUACAAAAAAUAAUGCCCCACAAAAACCACAACAAAGUGCGUUUAAUUAUAUUUGUUAAAAAAAAAGAAAAACAAUAUUCAUUCAUUUAUGUUUCCAAGUUUUUUUUUCUAAUUUCCGCCAUUCUUUUUCUUUUGUGUUUUGCCUUGAAUUGUUCUCUCUUUUGUUUAUUAGUGAACUUGUAUGUGAUAGUUCAAAGAUAGUUUUUAAUUUAGAAGUUAAUCUAUACUUAUAGAAAUACAGAUAAAUGCAUCUGCAAAUAUAUUGAUGCGACAACAAAGUAAGAAGAAAAUAUUGAAAAUUGAUCGGCUUUAAAAUGUACCUUAAGAGCGAUGUUAAGCAACGACAAAACAACUAAACUAUACAAACAUAAAUAAAAAACAAUAUAUAUCA